AUGUUAGAACACGUACCACCGCUUCCUAAAGAGCUUUGUGGGAAGCGCGACAUUACCGGAAACGCCUUGUGGAGCGUCCCAAGCCCCGAGCUCCCUAUACCUCGUUGUAGUACCCUGGAGAAUGAUGACGAGCCUUGGGACCCAGAGCGCGUCGCAGGUGUUAGGAAGACCUUUCACCUCCGGAUACCAAAGCACACAAUAUGCACAAUAUCGGCACAAUCCGACUUCGGUUAUACGUUUAGUGAUUGUCAAUCAUCAAGUCCUAAUGGUCUUGCGAUUCUUACACUCUGCUGGUCAUACAUUUUCUCUGUACGGCCCCUAGAACUUCAGCAUAGGCGCAUGCAAUACUCUCUUAUCAAGACACCAACGGCCACAGGACCGGAUAGACAACAGCAAAAGGGUGUUAUUGUGUAUCUUGGUUAUUCGUCAAAGAAACUUGUGAGGUGGCUCUGUGCGAUUCUAGCACCUGGGGCAGGGUGGUUCGCGGAGGGCAGUGUCCCACCUUGGGCUGCACAUUAUUCCCAGGAUGUUGAAUUUUUUAUUGGGACCGAUUAUUUGGCCGAGGACAUUAUCCAGGAGAGCCCCCCCUCAUCAGCAGAAGCCGCCGAUUUACUUGUAGAGUUCUGUGAGCUUUACGAUUUCGGCUUUCAGCCUUCUAUAGCGUUUUUAGCAGCUCUCCUGUUACCAUUUCACAAUGCACAAGGCUUGCAACCUCGACUGCCUAUGCCACGAAUUCCUCGUUAUACAAAGCCAUCACAUGGAUCUCCAGUCUAUAUCUGA